UCAUGAAUGAUGUUCAACAGAGAAGAAAAACAGAGUGUGUAUGUGUGUGUUUGAGCUCUGAAGAACAACAACAAUGGCGGGUGGACGAGUGGCAGUGAUUCCAUUUCCAGCACAAGGCCAUGUAAACCCUCUAAUGCACAUAUCCAAAGGGUUAGCAAAACAAGGCAUCAAAAUCACAAUGAUCAACACAGAUUUCAUUCACAAUAAGCUACUCAAAGCCAUGGGUGAAAAUAUAGACCAAAUCCUUGGCCCCAACAUGGAGCUCUUGAGUGUUUCAGAUGGCUUUCCUCUCGACCAAACCAGAGACAACAUACACAUGUUGUUCGUUGACAUAAUGAACAAUUUAAAGCCACAAUUGAAGAAUUUGCUAUCCAACAUGUCCAACAAUGGCCUCACCUGUACCAUUGUUGAUAUCUCAAUGGCUUGGAUCCUCGAAAUCGCUGAGAAUUUAGGUGUUAAGGCAGCCAUUUUCACUCCUUUUACAGCUGCUCACUCUGUUAUAAACCUCAGAAUUAACGACCUUAUUCAAAAUGGGAUUAUAAACUCAGAAGGGAUUCCUUUAGAAGAAAAGCGAAUCGAAUUGGGUUCGUCGGGAAUUCCUUCAUUCUUCCGCACUCAUGAUCUUCCUUGGCGAUGUGUUCCAUUUAAGGAAUCACAAAAGAUUUUAUUCAAUCACUUAAUAAGAGUUCAAAAAGGGUGCCAAUAUGCAAAAUGGUGCAUUUUAAUAGUGCCUCAUGUACUUGAGCCAGAAGUAGUUUCACUCAACCCAAAGCUUUUAACACUCGGUCCACUCAUCGCGACGGAGGCAGGGCAGUUAUGGAAAGAAGACGACUCUUGCCUCCGUUGGCUAGACCGGCAACCCGUCGGCUCGGUUGUGUAUAUGGCAUUUGGAAGUACCACCAACUUUAGCCAGGAACAGUUUGAGGAGAUUGCCAUGGGGAUGGAGCUUACAGAGCGGCCAUUCUUGUGGGUGGUGAGGCAAGGAACAGAACACCAGCUUCCAGAGGAUUUUAAAGGGAAAAAUGGGAAGAUAGUGAGUUGGGUUUCUCAGCAAAAGGUGUUAAACCACCCCUCCAUUGGAGUUUUUAUGAGCCAUUGUGGGUGGAAUUCUGUAAUAGAAGGAGUCAGUAGUGGAUUGCCGUUUCUUUGUUGGCCUUAUAUGGGAGACCAUUUUCUGAACAUGAAAUACAUUACUGAGAUUUGGAGGGUUGGAAUUGGGUUUGAAAGCAAUGGGAUUGUUACUCGUUGGGAAAUCAAGAAGAAAGCGGAGUUAAUAGCAGGGGAUGAAGAGAUCAAAGCUAGAAGCAAAGUUCUUGCAGAACAAAUUAAAAAGUGUUUGGAAGUACCUCAUGGUCAUUCUGCUGUCAAUUUCGAUCGACUUGUUAGAUGGAUCAAGCAAGAAGAUGAUGUUGCUGUUUAGCUCGGCUGUCGUCGCCACCGCCGUUGCAAUCCUUAUUUAUAGUAAUAAUCAAGUAAUUAGUGUAUUAAAUAUGUCGUCUGGUGUUUUAAGUAUUAGGGGAAUGCAUGAAUGAAAUAAGACCAUAUUUGUUUGAAGAAUCUUCA